ACAGACGUGCGGGUUUUGCUGCCUAAAGCCCCCCACGGGGCAGUCAUUUGUGAGGAGAAGUGCUGCUAGCUACUGCUCGGGCGCAGGAGUCCUGAGGGUGCCAUGGCCUCUCUCCAAUCGCCGCUACAACCAAAGCUGGUCUUCCUCCUCCUCGUUGCCGUACUCUGUAGACAUACCAGCUAUGCUUUCGUCUUCCCUUCGCAUUUAACGGCCUCGCUAGGAUCUGGAGGACCCUCGCAACUCCUUCCCGCCCUAAAGCCGGCGACCCUCCCGUCGGCCCCCGUCGCACACCCCCUCCCAUCCCUGCACUAUCUGGACCUAAAUCGACGAGAAGACACAAAGGACCAUCUCCCCGUCCUGGUCCUGCACGGCUUGCUAGGAUCUUCGCGCAAUUUUCGCGGGUGGGCAAAUACCCUG